UUGAAGUGUCUCCGGUUCGCCUGAAUUGGCGUACGGUAACCUGGGCUGUAAGGUGAACCUUCGACUGGCAGCCUUAUGUCUUUGGCGGCGUACAGCUGCACUUUGCGCUUGUCUUCAUCACGCAGCUAAUUAUGAGCCUUUUCAAACCGCAGCACUAGCAGCAGCGCACGCAGCAUCUCACCGAGAGCCAUGACUCUGAGCUCCGAGAUGUCGGACGCGUGUGCGCUCUCGGAAGAGCCGGACAUCGAUGUGGUGGGCGAAGGAGACGACGACGACGUCGACGCACCCGCGCGCUCGUGCGUCUAUGACGACGACGAAUUUCCGCGCGCUCGCAAUGAGCUUUUCCUCGACGCCUCGCCUCCGUGCGCUGACUCUGUUCACAGUGCCGCCGGUUCGGGGGCGCGCGACGCGUACAAACCGGCGAGCAAAAACGCUCUGGUCAAGCCGCCAUAUUCGUACAUCGCACUCAUCACCAUGGCCAUUCUUCAGAGUCCCAAGAAGCGGCUGACGCUCAGUGAGAUCUGCGACUUCAUCAGCAGCCGCUUUCCGUACUACCGUGAGAAGUUUCCCGCGUGGCAGAAUUCGAUCCGCCACAAUCUGUCACUCAACGACUGUUUCGUCAAGAUCCCCCGCGAGCCUGGCAACCCGGGGAAAGGUAACUACUGGACGCUGGACCCGGAGUCGGCCGACAUGUUUGACAACGGCAGCUUCCUGCGCCGGCGAAAGCGCUUUAAGCGCCAGCAGGCACCUGAGCUCCUCCGGGAACAUGGCACUUUUGUCCCUGCAUACGGCUACGGAGCUUAUGGUUGUGGAUACGGCCUUCAACUGCACGCGGCAUAUCACACGCAUUCCACGCUCUUUACCUUCCAACAGCAACAACAGGCGCCUCCGUCUUCAAGGCACACCGGAACUCUGAUCCCAGCGCCUUCCCUUAUGCCAAACACAGCUGAACUCGCCCGUUCCCGUUUCUAUCCACCGUUGAGUCCAGGGAUUUCCUCCUCGGUACAGACUGCGACCAAAUCCCCGGUACACCGCUCACCAUUCUCCAUUGAAAGCCUCAUAGGGAGUGCUGGGAGCCCGGCACAUGCGCAUUGCGCUUCACGGACUCCGCCGGCGCCUUUCGGACAGACUGGAGCAGCAGCCGAAAAGUUUCCCACACGGAUUGUCAGUGGCACAAGCGGCUGUUAAUUUCUUUAUUGAAGUUUUUUAAAAAGAUAAUAAUAAUAAGCGAUACACACAAAAGCUCCUGUUUUUAAGGUAGGAUUGGUUUUUAUUUGACUUUUUGUUAAACGCAGCCGAAUGAUAGACAUAAAGUGCCCCUUGUGCCUAUAUAUAUAUAUAUAUAUAU